CUGCUGUGCUCUGCGGCCGUCAGUUCUGGCAGGCGCACCGAUGAGGGUGCACGCGUGUCUCUCACUGGCCGGUAACACGAACGUGCGCUCGCGAGUGUUCAAAAAAACAAAAAAGUUCGAAAUUUAAAAAAUAAACAAAACACAUUUUUUAUUUAUCUAUCUGUGUGCCGUAGUGAAGAUGAAGUGUGCUGUAGUGUUGGUAGGGCUGCUGGUGUGCGCGGGCUCCGGGGACGCCGCCGCCGCGUCCUGCCUGCGCCCACAGGAGUACUUUGCGAGGCACAACCUGUCAGCUGAUGAUAAUGAUGGACCAGGGCCCGUAUGCGGAGGACAGUGUUGUGGCAGAAGACGAGAGACAGAACUCAAGGUGUCUCUCAAGAGAAUGAUGGAAGACCGAGCUAUAUCCGCCACCAGACCCAUUGCUGAGCUAUUGCUGGCAACGAGGCGAACCUUACAAGAACAUCUAACAGCGCUGUCACAUCAAUCACAAAACAAGACGUCCGUGCUCUUCCUACAACUGUAUAGAGUGCACGCAUCUCGAGCAAGAGGUCCUCUAUCCGCACUGUACGACGACAUUCGGAUCCUCCUGCGGUCCGACGAACGUGAGACCAAUGUUGACAUGAUCUCUUCACCGCCAAAAGACCUGGCGGCGAGCACAAGGAAGUUUUUCCGUGACAUCUUUCCCGUCGCCUAUCAGAAUAUCUUGAAGUUAGACGCGAAGCAGUUUACGCCGGAGUACGAGGCGUGCUUGCAAGACGCGUAUGAUGCGGUAAAACCAUUUGGCGAAGUGCCACAACAGCUGGGGUCAUCACUUUCACGUUCAAUGGAAGCGGCGCGCGUGCUUCUGCAAGUCCUGGCGGUGGGAGCGAGCGCGCUAACGGCCAGCGAGCAGCUGCUGGUGACCAGUAACGAGGAGUGCCAGAACAAGAUACUGAUCGCUGCAGGCUGCGCCCACUGCAAGGGCUAUGACGUCAGCCCCUGCCAACACUACUGCUUGAAUAUCGCACGGGGGUGCAUCGGGUCGCUGGUGUCGGAGCUGGAGGCCCCAUGGGCGGGCUAUGUGGAGGGAGUGGAGCGCGUGGCUCGCGCCGAUGCCGAUGCUGCGCUAAGAGCGCUCGACGCCCGUGUCUCCGAGGCUAUCAUGCACGCGUUAGAGAACCACGCCGUACUCGAGAAAAAGGUCCGUCAAGAAUGUGGAUCUCCAACAACGUUAGACGUGACUGGCCUCACAGCGCCGACUCCUACACCAGGAGCGGCGAGACGUGACGCCUUGCGCGCACCGCCACCAGACACAGAGCUCCUGCAGUUCGCAGCCACACUCGCCGCCAGCAAGAAACUCUUCUCCGGCUUAGCUGAUAAGCUGUGCGAUGAAUCUGAAUUCGCAAACGAAGGGAACACAGAAUGCUGGAACGGCGAAACUGUUGGAGAAUACACGAAACCGUUGGUGGCUUCAGCGUCGAAUAGCGAUCAAAAAUACAAUCCCGAGAUAACGUCCGGCGUAAAGCAGGAUUUAAGAGUAGCCGCUUUGGGAGACAAACUGCGACAAGCGAGACAGUUGCUAGUGUCCCACUCAUGGGGAACCCCCCCGGCGGCCGAGGCUUUCAUGCAGGGUGACGAGGCCGGAGACGAGGGUUCAGGUUCCGGUCGGAGUUAUACGGACGAUGACGCAGCAUAUGAUGCUGAAGGCUCCGGAGAGGAGGGUUCGGGGGCGCAGGAUGUCGGGAGCAAGACAUUUGUCAGAGAAGAAAACACGUAUUCGUCGACGGAAAAGACAUCAGCGGGCACUCGCUCGCGACCUUUGCUCGCGCUAACGUUCGUCGUAGCCAUCUCACGUAUCACCAGCUGCUUCUUUUAAUCUGCCCUUUGAACCUUGUCUGACAGUUUUGGGCUCAAACCCACGCAGGCUACGACUAUAUCAUUGGCGCGCAGUUGUGUGUGUAUCGAACUUUAGUAGUAGUGCGAAAGAAAAGACACGCGAUUGGUUUAUUUAUAAAAGAAAAUAUCGAAUU